CCUUCGCUCGCCGGCUUUAAAGUCUCUGCCAGGAUCCAUGCUCACAUGUUACUUCCUGUAUGGAGGCAUGGCCAGUUUCCAGCCCCGCGCUCUUCGUUCCUCCCCAGCCUGCGCCGGAGCCACAACUUUCAGCAGCAUGGACUGAAGGCGCCCUCGCCCCAGCGCCCCUCUGAGAUCCUUUGUGUUUUCCUCCGUUUCCUCCAGCCGUUUCUAUUUUGGGGGGCUCUCCGCUCCCCCCGCCUGUCCCCUCCCCUUCCCCUCUCGCAAACAUGCCUCCUUCCUUCCCGGGGCCCUGGAAGGAGCUGCCUGCCUGAAGCCCGGAGACGCCGCGCCGCGCUCAGCCCCGCCGCCGCCCGCCGGCUCUCGGGCUGUGCUGCGCUGCCGACUCAAGUUGGGGAUCCUCGGCUGCUCGCCGCCGCCGCCGCCCGCGGUCCCUGCCUGCCCCAGGCCCGGGGCAUCGCCGCCGGCCGCCGACUCCGCGCCCUGCCCGCUCGGCUCUCUCCUUUUUGAACGGAAGGCAGCUCUUCUCCGCCGAGAGGAUCGUCCCCAGCGUGGCUCUGCGUUCCCGGUCACUUUUUGAGAUUUUCCGGGGGGCGCUCGGCGGCUUCCCGGAUUCCAAGGGGACUCGGGCCGCCGAGCGCGGGGGGCCCGUGGAGCGGGCGAGCCGGGGAAGCGCCCCGGCUUAGCGGAGGCUCGCACGGAGGCAAGAACUUAUUCAACAAGUUUACCCCCCUGCUUUCCUCUUUUCGAUGUGCGUUUUCGGACAUGCGGAGGUUACUGGAACCGUGUUGGUGGAUUUUGUUCCUGAAAAUCACCAGUUCCGUGCUCCAUUAUGUCGUGUGCUUCCCCGCGUUGACAGAAGGCUACGUUGGGGCCCUGCACGAGAAUAGACGCGGCAGCGCAGUGCAGAUCCGCAGGCGCAAGGCUUCAGGUGACCCAUACUGGGCCUACUCUGGUGCCUAUGGUCCUGAGCACUGGGUCACAUCUAGUGUCAGCUGUGGGGGCCAUCACCAGUCUCCUAUUGACAUUUCAGACCAGUAUGCGCGUGUUGGGGAAGAAUACCAGGAACUGCAACUCGAUGGCUUCGACAAUGAGUCUUCUAACAAAACCUGGAUGAAAAACACAGGGAAAACAGUCGCCAUCCUUCUGAAAGACGACUAUUUUGUCAGUGGAGCUGGUCUGCCUGGCAGAUUCAAAGCUGAGAAGGUGGAAUUUCACUGGGGCCACAGCAAUGGCUCAGCGGGCUCUGAACACAGCAUCAAUGGCAGGAGGUUUCCUGUUGAGAUGCAGAUUUUCUUUUACAAUCCAGAUGACUUUGACAGCUUUCAAACCGCAAUUUCUGAGAACAGAAUAAUCGGAGCCAUGGCCAUAUUUUUUCAAGUCAGUCCGAGGGACAAUUCUGCACUGGAUCCUAUUAUCCACGGGUUGAAGGGUGUCGUACAUCACGAGAAGGAGACCUUUCUGGAUCCUUUCGUCCUCCGGGACCUCCUGCCUGCAUCCCUGGGCAGCUAUUAUCGGUACACAGGUUCCUUGACCACACCACCGUGUAGCGAAAUAGUGGAGUGGAUAGUCUUCCGGAGACCCGUCCCCAUCUCUUACCAUCAGCUUGAGGCUUUUUAUUCCAUCUUCACCACGGAGCAGCAAGACCAUGUCAAGUCGGUGGAGUAUCUGAGAAAUAACUUUCGACCACAGCAGGGUCUGCAUGACAGGGUGGUGUCCAAGUCUGCCGUCCGUGACGCCUGGAACCACGACAUGACAGACUUCUUAGAAAACCCACUGGGGACAGAAGCCUCUAAAGUUUGCAGCUCUCCACCCAUCCACAUGAAGGUGCAGCCUCUGAACCAGACAGCUCUGCAGGUGUCCUGGAGCCAGCCGGAGACCAUCUACCACCCACCCAUCAUGAACUACAUGAUCUCCUACAGCUGGACCAAGAAUGAGGAUGAGAAGGAGAAGACGUUUACAAAGGACAGCGACAAAGACUUGAAAGCCACCAUUAGCCACGUCUCACCCGAUAGCCUUUACCUGUUCCGAGUCCAGGCCGUGUGUCGGAACGACAUGCGCAGCGACUUCAGCCAGACGAUGCUGUUUCAAGCUAAUACCACUCGAAUAUUCCAAGGGACCAGAAUAGUGAAAACAGGAGUGCCCACAGCGUCUCCUGCCUCUUCAGCCGACAUGGCCCCCAUCAGCUCGGGGUCUUCUACCUGGACGUCCUCUGGCAUCCCAUUCUCAUUUGUCUCCAUGGCAACUGGGAUGGGUCCCUCCUCCAGUGGCAGCCAGGCCACAGUGGCCUCGGUGGUCACCAGCACGCUCCUCGCCGGCCUGGGGUUCGGCGGUGGUGGCAUCUCCUCUUUCCCCAGCACUGUGUGGCCCACGCGCCUCCCUACGGCCGCCUCGGCCAGCAAGCAGGCGGCUAGGCCAGUCCUCGCCACCACAGAGGCCUUGGCUUCUCCAGGGCCCGAUGGUGAUUCGUCACCAACCAAGGACAGCGAGGGCACCGAGGAAGGAGAGAAGGAUGAGAAAAGCGAGAGUGAGGAUGGGGAGCGGGAGCACGAGGAGGAUGGAGAGAAGGACUCCGAAAAGAAGGAGAAGAGCGGGGUGACCCAUGCUGCCGAGGAGCGGAAUCAGAUGGAGCCUAGCCCCACACGCUCGUCUCCUAACAGGACUGCCGAGGGGGGCCAUCAGACUAUACCUGGGCAUGAGCAGGACCACACUGCCGUCCCCACAGACCAGACGGGCGGAAGGAGGGAUGCCGGCCCAGGCCCGGACCCCGACACGGUCACCUCCACCCAAGUGCCCCCCACCACCACAGAGGAGCAGUAUGCAGGGAGUGAUCCCAAGAGGCCCGAAAUGCCAUCUAAAAAGCCUGUGUCCCGCGGGGACCGAUUUUCUGAAGACAGCAGAUUUAUCACUGUUAAUCCAGCGGAAAAAAACACCUCUGGAAUGAUAAGCCGCCCUGCUCCAGGGAGGAUGGAGUGGAUCAUCCCUCUGAUUGUGGUAUCAGCCUUGACCUUCGUGUGCCUCAUCCUUCUCAUUGCUGUGCUCGUUUACUGGAGAGGGUGUAACAAAAUAAAGUCCAAGGGCUUUUCCAGACGUUUCCAUGAAGUGCCUUCUUCUGGGGAAAGAGGAGAGAAGGGGAGCAGAAAAUGUUUUCAGACUGCUCAUUUCUAUGUGGAAGACAGCAGUUCACCUCGAGUGGUCCCUAAUGAAAGUAUUCCUAUUAUUCCUAUUCCGGAUGACAUGGAAGCCAUUCCUGUCAAACAGUUUGUCAAACACAUCGGUGAGCUCUAUUCUAAUAACCAGCAUGGGUUCUCUGAGGAUUUUGAGGAAGUCCAGCGCUGUACUGCUGAUAUGAACAUCACUGCAGAACAUUCCAAUCAUCCAGAAAACAAGCACAAAAACAGAUACAUCAACAUUUUAGCAUAUGAUCACAGUAGGGUGAAGUUAAGACCUUUACCAGGAAAAGACUCUAAGCACAGCGACUACAUUAAUGCAAACUAUGUUGAUGGUUACAACAAAGCAAAAGCCUAUAUUGCCACCCAAGGACCUUUGAAGUCUACAUUUGAAGAUUUCUGGAGGAUGAUUUGGGAACAAAACACUGGAAUCAUUGUGAUGAUUACGAACCUUGUGGAAAAAGGAAGACGAAAAUGUGAUCAGUAUUGGCCAACAGAGAACAGUGAGGAAUAUGGAAACAUUAUUGUCACGCUGAAGAGCACAAAAGUACAUGCCUGCUACACUGUUCGUCGUUUUUCAGUCAGAAAUACAAAAGUGAAAAAGGGUCAGAAGGGAAAUCCCAAGGGCCGUCAGAAUGAAAGGGUAGUGAUCCAGUAUCACUACACACAGUGGCCUGACAUGGGAGUUCCCGAGUAUGCCCUUCCAGUACUGACUUUCGUGAGGAGAUCCUCAGCAGCUCGGAUGCCAGAAAUGGGCCCUGUGUUGGUGCACUGCAGUGCUGGUGUGGGCAGAACAGGCACCUAUAUUGUAAUAGACAGCAUGCUGCAACAGAUAAAAGACAAAAGCACAGUUAACGUCCUGGGAUUCCUGAAGCAUAUCAGGACACAGCGUAACUACCUCGUCCAGACUGAGGAGCAGUACAUUUUCAUCCAUGAUGCCUUGUUGGAAGCCAUUCUUGGAAAGGAGACUGAAGUAUCUUCAAAUCAGCUGCACAGCUAUGUUAACAGCAUCCUUAUACCAGGAGUAGGAGGAAAGACACGACUGGAAAAGCAAUUCAAGCUGGUCACACAAUGUAAUGCAAAAUAUGUGGAAUGUUUUAGUGCUCAGAAAGAGUGUAACAAAGAAAAGAACAGAAACUCUUCAGUUGUGCCAUCUGAGCGUGCUCGAGUGGGUCUUGCACCAUUGCCUGGAAUGAAAGGAACAGAUUACAUUAAUGCUUCUUAUAUCAUGGGCUAUUAUAGGAGCAAUGAAUUUAUUAUAACUCAGCAUCCUCUGCCACAUACUACGAAAGAUUUCUGGCGAAUGAUUUGGGAUCAUAACGCACAGAUCAUUGUCAUGCUGCCAGACAACCAGAGCUUGGCAGAAGAUGAGUUUGUGUACUGGCCAAGUCGAGAAGAAUCCAUGAACUGUGAGGCCUUUACCGUCACCCUUAUCAGCAAAGACAGACUGUGCCUCUCUAAUGAAGAACAAAUUAUCAUCCAUGACUUUAUCCUUGAAGCUACACAGGAUGACUAUGUCUUAGAAGUUCGGCACUUUCAGUGUCCCAAAUGGCCUAACCCAGAUGCCCCCAUAAGUAGUACCUUUGAACUUAUCAACGUCAUCAAGGAAGAGGCCUUAACAAGGGAUGGCCCCACCAUUGUUCAUGAUGAGUAUGGAGCAGUUUCAGCAGGAAUGUUAUGUGCCCUUACCACCCUGUCCCAGCAACUGGAGAAUGAAAACGCUGUGGAUGUUUUCCAGGUUGCAAAAAUGAUCAAUCUUAUGAGGCCUGGAGUAUUCACAGACAUUGAACAAUACCAGUUCGUCUAUAAAGCAAUGCUUAGCUUGGUCAGCACUAAAGAAAAUGGAAAUGGUCCCAUGACAGUGGACAAAAAUGGUGCUGUUCUUAUUGCAGAUGAAUCAGACCCUGCCGAGAGCAUGGAGUCCCUAGUGUGACUGGAAUCCUGAAAGGGCACUUGAUUUGUAAACUUCUGAAGACUGAGAACUUUUUUGAGGCCUUUUUUGCCAGACUCUAGGUUAUACAAUAACCCAGUUACUUUUUUACACUGAUAAAAGUUUUGAUAUUUAUUUUUUGCCAUUUUAUGUCUUAAUGGUAUCCUACUGAGCAUUUGCACCUCUGUUCAUUUCACACAGUGAAACGCAAUUUUACCUACUUUGCACUAUAUGAUCAGUGUUACUGCCUAUAAUCUUACACAACAGCAAACCCUGAUGUGACAUUCCAUGACAACAUACAUGCUACUUUUUUUUAGUUCAAUACAGUGAAGGUCUUUGUUAUGACAGUGAAUAUUGCUUUUAUUAUUAUUAUUGCUAAAGCAGUUGCAUUCUACUAGCAGGCAAUGCUGUACUUUUCUUCAGUCCUCCUCUCCUUUUAUUUUUAGGCACUGUUCAAUACUGUAUGCCUUCUGUAUUUUAAUGGAGUGGAUAACAUUGUUUUCUUUUUACAGACUAGCAGGCUACUGGGAGCUAAAAAGGUCUGUUAAUGUCAUGGCCUUGAAACAGUUCCAUUUAUGCUGGUUAAGAGAUCCCUUAAGAAGUUAGAAGCCUUAAGAACUGCUUCAUGUGAACAUCCCUUAUUAGUUACAAAGUUAUAUUCACAGUUUUUAAAAAAUGUGUCAAAAUAAAGGAUAACUCUGUAUUACAGCUUUCACAGUAGCUAUGUCGACAAUGUGUGUUAUUUCCAAUUUUACUCUCUAAAAUAGCUACAUCCUAAAAUCAGGGCUAUCUUUAACAAUAGCAAGAUGGCAAUAUUAUAUACAACUCAGUUAUGAGACCCUUUAGUUAUUCUCCAUUAAUGCUUCUUAGUUUAUAAUACCAUACCUCACAGUAGGUAGAAGAAUGAAAACGUCUGCAGGUGUGUAAUUUUGAAACUAGUUCUCUAAAAAUUCCCUAUUACUCAUAUAGCAAUCUAAUAAAAACUACCUACA